ACAGAAGACGAGAGACCCGGACAUAGGUCCGCGUUUUCCAUCAACAUGACGUUACCGAGAUCACCAUAAUAUGAAUACUCCUCCCCAGACGAGGCAUCGUAUUCCGUUCACCUUCUGUUUCCUGAUCCAUCGACUCAUCCAAUCUGAUUUGUCGACGAUCAGCCUCUACGGAUCUAUCAUAUCCUACAUCUAACAGCUUCCUAUUUCGGUUCCCGUUUCAUCCCGGACUCCCUAUCGCGACAACCGGCACCAAACCGAAUUCAGGCCCAUGUGCAGUGUCCCGGAAUCUUGUUGACAGGGGGUUUGGACUGAACAUGGACCGGCAAUUCAGGCCUCUGGCUCCCGCUACGGGAGCAACUCCGACAGCGACAUCUACCUCUCCCGCCAAUUCGAGCCGACAAUCGAACCGUCGGCGGAGCAUUGUGAAAGUUGCCUGCCGCACUUGCCAGCAGAAAAAGGCAAAGUGUAGUGGAGAUCGGCCAUCUUGCACUAGCUGCGUUGAGACCGGUAUAUCAUGCCACUACGAUGUUGAAGUAGGCGAGUCAAGUCGUUACUCCUCGCUGAAGCGGAAGUAUGGCAAGCUGGAACUGGAAGUGGAACAGUUCCAAGAGCUCUACCGUACUCUCCGCGAACAGACGGAACGAGAUGCAUCCGACAUCCUCAAACGCAUCAGGACCACCCCGGAUGCGAUCAAGGUCCUCCAUAUGGUGAAGCAGGCGAAUUACCUGCUGCCAAAUUCUGUUGGCGCAGAAACGAAUGAACAAACGCAGCGGUUGGAGACUGUGGAGCGCGACGCGUUGCGAAGUAGCCACCUGAAAGUGCCGGCUCACCCUUGGACGAUGGUGACCGAGGAUGGUCUCGUAUCCAGUUUGAUAUCCGACUUUUUCUGCUGGGAUCACAACUUGCUUUACUCUUUCGUCGAUAAGGAAACCUUUUUGAAGGAGAUGCGAGAAGGCGAUCCCCAGAACGCAAUUGUCUGCUCACCAUUGCUAGUCAAUGCCAUAUGCGCAGAGAGAAGUGUAUGUCUCCUGGCAUAUGCUUUGAACUGCUUUACUCACUCGCCUUCACAGUUCUCCUCUCCACAUUCGAAACUCGCGGAAUGUAUCACCGGAAAAGAUACCCGAGAGGCAUUCUUUGACGAGGCAAAGAAGCUGCUAGACAUGGAAGAUGGAAGUGAGUGUCUAUCUACCGUCCUGGGGCUCGCUGUCCUUUUGGUGUAUGCAAUGUACACGGGGAGAGAUCGACUCGGGUCAGUAUACAGGUACAUGGCAUUCGACAUGCUCAAACGGCUCAAGCUUGAAGAGCGGUUCCGAUCACUCGGUGACACCGAGGCCGAGAUGGUUGGACGGAGAAUCAUCUCAAAAGCCUUGUGGGGACUUCAUCUUCUUGACACUAUGAUCUCAUAUGGAUUCUUACAACCCCCAAUUCUUCCACCCCCCGGUAUUCCACGACCACCACUAUCCAAAUUCGAGACUAGCAGUCUCGAAGCUGGAGACCACAUUGACCUAUUCGGGCACAAGUUCGGAAAAGAGUCGCCACAGCCUCCACAAACACCAGGAAUCGCCGAUUCCGCCUACGAUCUCUGCGCAUCUCAGUUCAAGAUCAUGAAAUUUAACGAAACAAGGGACUACGACUCGGGGAGUGACGAGGAUAUUUCCAAACGGAAUGAAUUGUACAGGAAGCUGAUGGAAUGGAAGGGCACCAUCCCAAAAAUGUACAAAAUCACAGAGCAUGUUACGCCACACACUGUGGCCUUGCACUCCCAAAUCAACGAAGUUGCAGUGUCCAUAUUACGACCAUUGCCCUCCAAUACCUGGUUCGAAGACCUUGAUGGAGGCUCGACCAUUAAAGACCUGUGCAUCAUACAUGCCAUCUCUAGCAUUGAAGGCGCCGAAAAAUGUAUCAAAAUCUGGUCGCCGGAGCACUAUGCUUGCGCUUUCUUCUCUGCCCCGUACAACGCCGCUCUCCAUCUCACACCUUGGCUCAAUGACGAAAGAACCCACGGGCCAUUCACUCAGGCAUGUAAUAUGCUGUCUGUCAAUCUGCCGACCUUCCCUGUCAUCGGGACCAUGCUCCGAGGCAUCUACGCGUUGGUAUGGACGCUAAAGCAGAACGUCCCGGACUCUUCAAGACCAUAUUUCCAGAAUCUUGAUGCACCAGGCGAAACAGUAAAAGAUGUGCCACUCAGCUUGUUCUUGCCGCAGUUCCAGGAGGUACGGGGGCGCUUGGCCGGCGGUCCGAAUAAUAACAAUGAGUUGUCUGGUCAGCUAGGGAAUCUCAUCUCGAGAUGGAACGCAUUAACGAUUCUUUGAAACCACUUCCUUAUACUUGUCGCACGGAUAAGGUACCAGGCCAUUGUAAU